AUGGAGAUUGUAACGCAUUUGAUCAAUGACACCAUUGAAUUCUACAAAUGGAGCCUUACCAUUGCAGACAAGCGUGUGGAGAAAUGGCCGCUCAUGGACUCUCCUCUCCCCACUCUGGCCAUCAGCACAUCCUACCUGCUCUUCCUCUGGCUGGGGCCAAAGUACAUGAAGAACAGAGAACCCUUCCAACUGAGGAAGACUCUUAUUGUCUACAACUUCAGUAUGGUCAUCCUCAACUUCUUUAUCUGCAAAGAGCUCUUUCUGGCAGCACGGGCGGCGAACUACAGCUACCUCUGCCAGCCUGUCGACUAUUCCGAUGAUCCCAACGAAGUGAGGAUAGCUGCCGCGUUGUGGUGGUACUUUGUCUCUAAGGGCAUCGAGUAUCUGGACACCGUGUUUUUCAUCCUGCGUAAAAAGUUUAACCAGGUCAGCUUCCUCCAUGUCUACCACCACUGCACCAUGUUCACACUCUGGUGGAUUGGCAUCAAAUGGGUGGCAGGCGGACAAUCUUUCUUUGGCGCACACAUGAACGCAGCCAUCCAUGUCUUGAUGUAUCUUUAUUACGGGCUUGCUGCCUGUGGACCAAAGAUUCAGAAGUAUCUCUGGUGGAAGAAGUAUCUGACCAUUAUCCAAAUGAUCCAGUUCCACGUCACCAUCGGCCACACCGCCCUCUCUCUCUACAUCGACUGCCCCUUCCCUCACUGGAUGCACUGGGCUCUGAUUGGUUACGCCAUCACCUUCAUCAUUCUCUUCGGAAACUUCUACUACCAGACCUACCGCCGUCAGCCACGCCGCGACGGGUCCUCCAAGUCAGGCAAAGCCGUCUCGAACGGGGUCGCUAAUGGAGCCCUUCCCACCAGUAAUGGAGUGGUGACUGGGAAGACGGAGGAGAAAGCGGCGGUGGCAGAGAAUGGGAGGAGGAAGAGGAAGGGGAGGGCAAAACGUGACUAG